UCAGAGUGCACCAGGCUGGAACCAGCAGAGCUUCUUAGCAACUCCCCCCCCUCCUCCCCUUUCUCGCGCUCUCUUCCUCCCUCAGACAACUCGCUCCCUCUCUCCUCCCCCCUCACGUAAUUCCGAAAGAGCAGAAGAAAGAGAAGGAGAACAAGCAAAGAAGACCUAGUAAGCGCCGGCCGGAGCACAGAAAAAAGGGCUGAAGACGACCAAAGGGGAGCAAAGGAACAGGAUGGACAUCCACAAAACGCAGUGAUUGCGGAAAUUUUCCAGCGCCAUUGGCUGGGCAGUGAGUCUUUUGGGCGGGCGUGAUUUCAGCACCGGGGGCACUGGACAGCACCUCGGGGGUACUUCUGGGCAACCCGCAACCGAGACAAGAACUCCACCAGCUGCCUGGACCACUGAAGCCGCCGAAAGCCCUGCUUUGUAUCAGAGAGGCAAGGUCAGUCCGACGCACAGCCAUCACAGGCAGUGCGCCUGUACUACGCUGCAAACCUGCUUGUUUCUAACAUGCACUUGCUUCUAAUUGCUAGCAUUGUUCCCUUGCUGGUUAGUGAGAACCUCUAAACAUGAUUCUGUAAGGGUGCGUUUCCUUUUAAUUUUACAGGUAUAUAUUUAACUUAUUUUGGAUAUUUUUAAAGGGUUGAGGGGGAGUAGUUUGCUUUCUCUCUCUCUCUUUCCUCUACUUUCCACCCCCCUCCCUUUUCUGCUUGCCUUGCACUAUGUGCCUGGAUAGUUUGUGGAUAUAAUUAUUGACUGGCGUCUGGGCUAUUGCAGUACGGGGGGGUUAGGGAGGAAGGAAUCCACCCCCACCCCCCCAAACCCUUCUUUUCUCUUUCUCUGGGAUCGGACAUUGGAGCACUAAAUGAACUUGAAUUGUGUCUGUGGCGAGCAGGAUGGUUGCUGUUACUUUGUGAUGAGAUCUGGGAUGAAUUGCUCGCUUUAAAAAUGCUGCUUUGGAUUCUGUUGCUGGAGACGUCUCUUUGUUUUGCUGCUGGAAACGUUACAGGGGACGUUUGUAAAGAGAAGAUCUGUUCUUGCAAUGAGAUAGAAGGGGACUUACACGUAGACUGUGAAAAAAAGGGCUUCACAAGUCUGCAGCGCUUCACCGCCCCGACUUCCCAGUUUUACCAUUUAUUUCUGCAUGGCAAUUCCCUCACUCGACUUUUCCCUAAUGAGUUCGCUAACUUUUAUAAUGCGGUUAGUUUGCAUAUGGAAAACAAUGGCUUGCAUGAGAUCGUUCCGGGGGCAUUUCUGGGGCUGCAGCUGGUGAAACGGCUGCACAUCAACAACAACAAGAUCAAGUCUUUUCGAAAGCAGACUUUUUUGGGGCUGGACGAUCUGGAAUACCUCCAGGCUGAUUUUAAUUUAUUACGGGAUAUAGACCCGGGGGCCUUCCAGGACUUGAACAAGUUGGAAGUCCUCAUUUUAAACGACAAUCUCAUCAGCACCCUACCUGCUAAUGUAUUCCAGUAUGUGCCCAUCACCCACCUCGACCUCCGUGGAAACAGGCUGAAAACACUGCCCUAUGAGGAGGUCUUGGAGCAGAUCCCUGGCAUUGCUGAGAUCCUGCUAGAGGAUAACCCUUGGGACUGCACCUGUGAUCUGCUCUCCCUGAAGGAAUGGCUAGAGAACAUUCCCAAAAACGCCCUAAUCGGUCGAGUGGUCUGCGAAGCCCCCACCAGGCUCCAGGGUAAAGACCUCAAUGAAACCACGGAACAGGACCUGUGUCCUUUAAAAAACAGAGUGGAUUCUAGUCUCCCAGCUCCCCCUGCCCAGGAAGAAACCUUCGCUCCUGGCCCCCUGCCAACUCCUUUCAAGAUAAAUGGGCAGGAUGAGCAUGCUACCCCAGGGGCUGUUCCAAAUGGAGGUACAAAGAUCCCGGGCAACUGGCAGCUCAAAAUCAAACCCACGCCACCGAUAGCAACUGGGAGCGCCAGAAACAAACCCCCAGUGCAUGGCUUGCCCUGCCCCGGGGGCUGCAGCUGUGACCACAUCCCAGGCUCAGGCUUAAAGAUGAACUGUAACAACCGGAACGUGAGCAGCUUGGCUGAUUUGAAGCCUAAGCUUUCCAACGUGCAGGAGCUUUUCCUUCGAGAUAACAAGAUCCACAGCAUCCGAAAAUCACACUUUGUGGAUUACAAGAACCUCGUUCUGUUGGAUCUGGGCAACAACAACAUCGCAAACAUAGAGAACAACACUUUCAAGAACCUUUUGGACCUCCGGUGGCUCUACAUGGAUAGUAACUACCUGGACACUCUGUCCCGGGAGAAAUUUGCUGGGCUGCAGAACCUGGAGUAUCUGAAUGUGGAGUACAACGCGAUUCAGCUCAUUCUCCCCGGUACUUUCAAUGCCAUGCCGAAACUGAGGAUUCUUAUUCUCAACAACAACUUGCUGAGGUCCCUACCGGUGGACGUCUUUGCUGGGGUCUCCCUGUCUAAGCUCAGUCUGCACAAUAAUUACUUCAUGUACCUCCCUGUGGCAGGGGUGCUGGACCAGUUAACCUCCAUCAUCCAGAUAGACCUGCAUGGCAACCCCUGGGAGUGCUCCUGCACCAUUGUGCCUUUCAAGCAAUGGGCAGAACGUCUGGGCUCCGAGGUGCUGAUGAGCGACCUCAAGUGUGAGACACCGGUGAACUUCUUUAGGAAGGAUUUCAUGCUGCUCUCCAAUGACGAGAUCUGCCCCCAGCUGUAUGCGAGGAUCUCGCCCACGUUAACUUCGCACAGUAAAAACAGCACUGGGUUGGCGGAGACCGGGACACACUCCAACUCCUACCUAGACACCAGCAGGGUGUCCAUCUCCGUGUUGGUCCCGGGACUGCUGCUGGUGUUCGUCACCUCUGCCUUCACCGUGGUGGGCAUGCUCGUGUUUAUCCUGAGGAACCGAAAGCGGUCCAAGAGAAGGGAUGCCAAUUCCUCUGCGUCCGAAAUUAAUUCCCUACAGACAGUCUGUGACUCUUCCUACUGGCACAAUGGGCCUUACAAUGCAGACGGGUCCCAUAGGGUGUAUGACUGUGGCUCUCACUCACUCUCAGACUAAGCCCCAGACCCUAAAGGGGAAGGAGUGCAGGAAGACGUCCAUCCUCCCCUGCCGCCUGCAUCGCGGGGAGUGGGAGAACAUUGACCCACAUCUAGCGUGUCACAAGCACCGAUGGACAUGAGUAAAUAAAUAACUAUGAACUCACUCAACUCAGAGGCUCUGGCCCUUAAGCUCCCAUCUGAAAACAAAGAGCAGACUGUGGAGCUGUGAGUGCAGUGAGCUAGCUCUUUGCUCUGAGCUCCUUUUGACUCAAAGCCCAGCAUGGGGCCUGCCAGAAGAAUUGAGCCCCCUCGCUCUGAGCCAAAGGUCCCCUGGGGCUGGCUGCAGUGGCUCUAUACAUAUAUACAUAUAUCACAUCUAUAUAGAGAAAUAGAUAUCUAUUUUUCCCCUGUGGAUAGCCCGAAGAUGGCUCCCUGUUGGUAAAGCAGGGAUGGGCAGUUGCACGAAGGCAUGAAUGUAUUGUAAAUAAAUAACUUUGACUCCUGACAAGAACAAACAAACAAACAAAAGUGCUGCAUGGCUCGCAUGGAAUCCACACGCUCCAGGGACUCUGCCCCCAGCCCCCCCUCUACCGCCCCGCCCCACUGCGACUGGAGACGCUGUCACAGCACCCAUCCUCUUACCUGAUAAGUCCCAUCGUAUCAAACUUUCUAUAAACAAAAUACAGUAUAAUCAGAAAGUGCCAUUUCGCCCUUAUUUGUGAUUGGUAGGCAGUUCAGAGCGUAUGUUUACUGUGAAAAAAAAAAUGUAAAGGUUUAUUUAAGACAUUUGCAUGGCUAAGUCAUCAGUCCAUUUUAUGAGUUAACAAUGUAUUUUGUUGAGCAAAGUUUUUAAGGGUUGUUUUGGGUUCUUUUCUUUUGAUGGUGAUGUUUGAUUUUAUUUUAGUUUCUGAGGGGGAAUAUUUUUCUAUACAUAUCCAAUAAUGCCUUCCAUCUGAAUGUAAAAUAAGUACCCAUGAUUUCUAUUAUAGUACCAGUGUAAUUAUUUAAGAAAAAAGAUUCUGGGGCAGUUAAGCAUGACCAAUUAAUGUCACUCUAGUGCUUAGGCUGCGAUCCUAUGGUAGCAAUUGUGUGCUGGUAAAAAUCUUACUUAUAAAGUAGGAACAAAGAACCGAGGAAGCACGUGAAAACUUACUAAUUCUAUUCGAGGAUUUUAUAAUGGCAUAUUUUUUCAGUAUUAAAGUGAAAAUGUUUUCAAAUCUGGGUCCUUACAUUUUUCCAGCUUCCUCUUUGGAUUCAUGGUGGAUGGGAGGGGGGAGGGGGGAGGUUGGGAGGGGGUGGGUCCCUUCCGGAGCUCAAGAAAGGCUCUCUCCUUAAUCACCUUAGUGUUUAAUCAUUCACUAGCUCUUCUCCUCACAAUCUCCCAUCCAGCAACCCUCCUCAGCCCCCUUGGCUUUACUGCUUUUCCACUGCCCAUAAAGUACCAUCCUAUUCAAACAACUCUGCCCUCCCUCGGCCCUCUCCUAAUGCUGCAGCCAAUCUCGCUAUUAAUACUGGAAAUCCCUCUCUGCUGUUUUUGUGUUGCUGCCCACACUGCAGAUAGAUUGGAGAUGUUAGGAUAGAUUUGAUUUAAUUGACUCUGUCUAGAUCGGUCUCAUUAAACAGAGGGAGAUUUCAUUGGUCAGCACUCCUUCAUGAAAGACAGCCCUAAUGACUGCUGUUUGAGAUGCUGCUGGCAUUUUGAAUUCAACAUCUGCUGAAAACGGUAAAACUAAUUAGUGGCCACCCACCCUCCGCCCCAGCAACUACAUACUGAAAAUUGUUGAAGUACUCAUCUUUAUGGAAAUCAAUCAUUAUCCUAAAAAAAAAAAAAGUGUUUCACUCUUAUCAUACCAAUUUCUGGUUAUGGCCCAGUAAUUACCAAGGGAAAGCAGUGAACUCCUUGAAUUUUACCGACCAAUGUAAUUCUGGUCUGAAUCAGAUGCCCUAGGGAAUUCUAAGCAACUCUAUUUCAUCAGCAGUUAGGUUACAAACCACACAUAUUGAUGGGCUUUGCAUUCCACCACACAUCCAGUCUCAACAAGUAUGUCAAAGACAGGAGACCACAGACUGAAACUGCAAAAUUAAAAGCCAGCUCUGUAAAAGCCCCUAGUAGCAGGUGGAACGAGAUGUGCCAGUUAGAAGUCAUAUUCUAAAAAGAAAUAAUUUCCCAGAACAGUGAUGUUGUGGAGUAUGUGUUUUUUAUCCUAACACUUUUAAAAUAAAAUCUUUAUUAUACAC